CUGGUUCGUUGCUUUGUUGGGUCAGAUCCUUAGAAUAUCCAAAUAGAAAAGUGAAAUAUAAGGUGUACAAAUCUAUUGCUUAGUUGCUUGGUAACAAUACUUUUCUGAAACUGAACACACAAUUUUUGACUAAAUCAACGGAUUAAAGCAAUUUGUUUUCGUGUGCUCACAAUUAUUGUUGUGCAAAAAUUGUUGCUCAAGUACAUCGGAGACUAAAAAUACGUUUAGACUCUUCAAAGAUAUAGUGCGUGCGAACUCUCUUGUAGUCGUAAGCGAUAAAAUAAUUUAUAUAAAAGUUGUAGUUUGGCGCCUAAUUUUGCCUACUUGCGCUCGCUGAAAGUGCACUAAAAUGCAGCCCUUGAAGCGAUUCACACAGUGUGGCAGCCUGACUAUGCUCUUCGGAGUCUUCAUCAUACUCUUUGGGGUGAGCUCCACGGCCUUAACUACAUUCGGCAAGACCAAUAAUCAACCGCCGCCCACGCAAGGUCCCAUAAUCAAAGGUCGCGAGUGCAGCACCCACGAUGACUGCUCAACAACAGAACGCACCAGUUGUGUAAAGGACCCCAAUGACUACAAGAUGCGUUGCCUAUGUGGAGAUGAUUCGCCGCCCUCGAAUGGACUCUGUCCAGAUGUGCUCAAAGGUCUGCGGCAUAGAUGCAACAGCAAUCACGAGUGUGAAGAUGGGAUGGUUUGUCAAUUCGAAAACAAUAAUCGUACCAUUGGGGUUUCCAAGUUCAUGUCGAGUAAAACUAAACUGUGUCUUUGUGAUAAUGAUAAUGGCUAUGUGGAGGACAUUUUACAUGACAUUUGCAGUGGUGCUAAUCAUCAAUAUCUGGUUAACCUUUUGGUAUCACUCUUCUCUUUGCUGACACCGUUUUUUUUCUCAGCUCAUAUGAGCAUGAGGAAGCAUUUCUAGAAGGCUUCUUAAGCCACGGCUAACAAAUCCCAAUCUAAUGUUUACGGUAAUGUCUUUAGGUGAUCCAUCGAAUGUGCCUCAAUAAAUCAACAACCAUAGUUCGAAACUUUAAAUGCUCCAAUAGUGCUCUCUAAAUUCAGUAAGCUAUUAAAUUAGCUAUACAAAUGGUGAAACUCCACAUUUUGGUAGUCAUUAGCCUAAAUGUCGUUAUAUUCUAUAAGUUUCAUAAGUACCACCGUCAAAUUUAUUCGCUUCUCACACAAGUCGCGUUAUACAUCGUAUACAUAUUAUAUUCUAUUAUAUUAUAUUAUAUUAUAUUAAUGGUUUUUAUAAAUCCCGUAACAAUAGGCAAUACUUAAUUAAUACAUUAAUGAAUAAAUGUUGCCUGAAAUUAAAUUUUAUUCAAUUUAAUAUGUAGAAAACUUAGCACUUAUCUAUACAAGUUGUCUGUAUGUUCAACAUAAAUCAAAUAAAUAAAAGCACGGAAUAAAUUCGAAAUAUAUUCUGUAAUUGUAGGUACAAAUUUCUCAAUUUACUAUGACAACAUUAACACGUAUGCACGUGGAAAACUUUUAAUAUGUAGUUCACAGUUAAAAUCUAAAGGACUUGUGAGUCUCGACUUUGCUUAAAAAAUACCAUAGUUGCAUCCAAGAACAUUUUUGUACUUUAUAAUUAAGUCUUGCCCAUUAAGC